CAGGACCCCUGUCACAAAACCCGGGUUGAAGGGGGUUUCCAAGAUGGCGCUGCCCAUGCAGCGGUGCUGGUCUAGGUUGCGGGCUGUGACCUUACCGUGGCCGGCGGCGGGUUAUCAUGCCAAGCCGCUGAAUCUCAACCUGAGUGGCGUCUACAUCCCCGAUCCUGAGGACCCCAAGACGAAGGAGUGGCACAAGGGUCCGGCCUAUGAGGCCAAGCUGUACGGCAAGUAUGGCAGCAUCUCGGGGGUGAAGCCUGAGCAGCUAUGGCCGAGCCCCGAGCAGCUGCAGGCGCUGGAGGAUGAGGAGAAGGAGUGGUACCCCAGCUUGCGGGAGAUGCAGGCCAAGGUGGAGGCCGAGGAGAAGGCGCUGCGGAUGAAGGAGCAGGAGAGGGAACGUCUGAUUGCUGCCAACAUGAAAAAGAUGCCAAAGAUGGUGGAGGAAUGGCGCAGAGCGAAGCGAGAGGCACGGCAGAAGGCGCGGGAGGAAAAUGCCAAGAAGCAGCAUCUGUUGGCACUGGCUCGUGAGAAGUUUGGUGUCAGUAUUGAUAGCCGCAGUGCUAGGUUCCAGGAGAUGGUGAAGGAGAUGGAGAAGGAAGAGAAGAGGAAAUUAAAGGCUGUGAAGAGAAUACAGCGCGAGGAAGAGAAAGCGGCCAUUGCAAAAGCCUUAAACGUGGCCUCCGCUGCAAAACCACCAACAGCCCCAGACAGUGGCAGUCCUGAGUAAUGCCGUGUUAUCCACAUUCAUCGAGAGACUAAUACAGAGGA